AUAGAAAUGUAUUGAAAUUAUUAUAUCAUAUAUUGAAUGAAUGAAUAGUACAGUAAAUUGAGAGUCAAUAUAAACAUUGCAUUCAAUGAAUGAUUGUGUUUAUAAAAGCCAAGCCAUCCAUCGAUUUACUCCCACUUAGCGAUCAUCGGCUGAUCCACUCAAUUGUCUUGAGUUGUAUCCAAUCGCUAUCACCAAAACAUAUUGUUUAGUCUAUCGUCUGAUCUAAGAAAUGAGUUUUCUCGGUUUUCGUCAAUCGGCUGAAAUCGACAUCAUUUUGGACGGCAAUGAAUCCCGAAAGAUGGCCGAAAUCAAGACCGAAGACGGCAAGAAAGAGAAGUACUAUCUGUAUUACGACGGCGAGACUGUCUCAGGAAAGGUGAAUAUAACAUUGAAGAAGUUGGGUACCAAACUUGAACAUCAAGGUAUCAAAGUUGAGUUCGUCGGUGAGAUAGAGCUCUAUCAGGAUAGGGGUAAUCAUCACGAGUUCACAUCACUGGUCAAAGACUUGGCGCGACCGUCGGAUUUGAUGCAAAACACGAGCUUUUCAUUUGAAUUCGUGAACGUCGAAAAACCUUAUGAAUCUUAUACUGGAUCUAAUGUUAGGCUCAGAUAUUUCUUACGCGUCACUAUAAUUCGUCGUUUGUCUGAUAUUGUCAAAGAGUUGGACCUUAUUGUCCACACACUAUCACAUUAUCCUGAAGUUAACUCUCCCAUCAAAAUGGAAGUAGGAAUUGAAGACUGUCUGCACAUAGAGUUUGAGUACAAUAAAUCAAAAUAUCAUUUAAAGGAUGUAAUAGUGGGUAAAAUAUAUUUCCUUUUGGUAAGGAUUAAAAUAAAACACAUGGAGAUAGCCAUCAUUAAGAGAGAGACGACCGGAAUCGGACAAAACACAUUCAAUGAAAACGAAACGAUUGCCAAAUACGAGAUUAUGGACGGCGCGCCCGUUCGCGGCGAGUCAAUACCGAUUCGGCUAUUUUUGGCCGGAUAUGAGUUAACGCCAACAAUGAAAGACAUAAACAAAAAGUUUUCUGUUCGCUAUUAUCUGAAUCUGGUGCUCGUCGAUGAAGAAGAGCGACGGUAUUUCAAACAACAAGAGAUCGUAUUGUGGAGGAAAGGGGAGCGUACGAGACGAGUACCCAUUCAACAAAUACCGGUCCAAUCAACGCAAGAGGACACUAAAGACAAUAAACCACAAACAAAUAAUACGACCAACAGCUGAGCCAAUGUUUACUUUUGAUUGUUUUUUAAACAAAAUGAAAAUAUUAUAGCGUUGUAAAGGCAUUGCAUUCC